UUAGUUUCUUUGUUAUUCAAACAGUAGUCAAUUUCUUCUGCGAAUUCGCUGUUUUUUCAUUCAAUUUUGUUUUGACUGUGAAAACGCUACCAGUUUUAUUGCCAAUGCAACGCGUGAAGUGCAAGUGCAUAUUUUUACCAUUUCUGUUGUUUGUUUAAAUUACAAUUGUAAACAUCGAAAUACUCUAUCAUAACGAAGAAAUGCAAACAACUUUGAAUUUGUAGCUGGUGAAUGCAUUGAGAGCAAGCGACUGCAACAAUAACAACGAGCAAGUUCAAAGAGUUUCGGUCAGCUUGAACUCGUUUUCUAUUCGUUUCUAUCUGAUUAUAAUCACAUCAUCACAAAACGACUUCGGUUUUUGCAUCAGUGUGCAAGAACCAGAACAACUCCAUCGACAAGAAGAAUUGAAAAAUAAGAAACAGGCUCGUUUUCAAUCGACAACAUUAUUGCAACGGAACGACAAUAGGCAAUAAGGACUUAAAUAAACAUGAUCAAUCGACUUUUGCUGCUAUUGCACCUCAUCGGUGCACUCACUUUAUUGUUAGUUAACGCAAAAACCUAUGAGACUGACGACGCGAUUAUCGUUGAAGUCGAUGCUGAAGACACGACACAAACGGAAUCGCGCUCAAAACGUGAUAUCAAUAUCGUGCUUCGUGAUAUAACCCAUAAUCCAGUAACGACGUGGGGAAACCAAUUUGGAGAAGGUGGUGUUUGUAUUACCGCCAAAGCAACAUUUGGAAAAUGCACUUCGUUCAAAGCAUGCUAUCCGUAUUUUAAAAAAGUUCCAAAUCUAUCUGUAUUUGAUACAUGGGUAUUGGGUCAGUAUGACACAUGCACCUAUUACACAGGUGAUGGUCGUCAAGCGUUUGGCGUGUGCUGUAUUGAUCAACCACAAACAUCCGGCAUCGCUUCAAUUGUACCAGAAAAUGGGCCAAUCGCUUCAAUUACACCAGUCAAAGAAGACGAUAACAUUAUUGUGGGCAACAAAGAUUCGACCAAUUGGCCGCCACCAUUCAUCACACAUCCACCGAAUCAUGCCGCUCCGACACAUGCACCCACAGGAUCUUGGCCAAAUGGCGGACCACCGAGCACAACAAAGCGCCCAAUUUGGCCGCCACCUCUUCCCACACAUCCGCCAUCCGGUUCGGCCAUUCCAACGACGAAAUAUCCAACGAUCACAACAAAACCGCCCCUCAAUGAUAUGCCGGUUGGUAAUUACUGCGGGUCGAAGAAUGGAAAUCAAGAUCAAGAACGGAUCGUCGGUGGACAUGACGCAAGUUUGAAUGAAUGGCCUUGGAUCGUACCGUUGUUCAAUAAUGGCAGACAAUUUUGCGGUGGAUCUUUGAUUGAUAACCAACAUAUUUUAACUGCCGCCCAUUGCGUUGCACAUAUGACAUCAUCCGAUGUAUCUCGAAUGACAGUCCAUUUGGGUGAUCAUAACAUUCGUACAACAUACGAAACACAGCAUCAAGUUAAGAGAGUGAAGCGAGUUGUAAGACAUCGUUCAUUUGAUUCGAGAACGUUAUACAAUGAUGUUGCUUUGCUUACUUUGGAGUCACCGGUUCAAUAUACCAGAAAUGUACGACCGAUUUGCUUGCCACGAUCGGGAGAUCAAUUUGGAGGAAAUUAUGGCACUGUUAUCGGCUGGGGAAGCGUAAGAGAAAAUGGACCACAGCCGAGUGUUUUGCAAAAAGUUUCGGUUCCAAUUUGGUCGAAUGCUGUGUGUCGUCAAAAGUACGGUGGAGCUGCACCAGGUGGAAUAAUUGAUUCAAUGAUUUGCGCUGGCAAGGAUGCCCGUGAUUCGUGCAGCGGUGAUUCUGGCGGUCCAUUGAUGGUGAUGAAUGGUCAUACGUGGUAUCAAAUUGGGGUAGUCAGUUGGGGCAUAGGUUGCGGACAAGGCCGGUAUCCUGGAGUUUACUCACGUGUAUCAUCUUUCUUGCCAUGGAUCACGAAGAAUCUUGCAACAAAAUAAAACGAUCGAAAUAAAAUUUAUAUUUAUUCUCGCCCUAUUGACAGGAUCAAUAAAUUUUACUACUCUUGAGCGACACGGUUACUAUUUAUCAACGUAACAUACGUUUAAUUAGAUUUUCUUUUAGCAAAUAAUGAACAAUUUUUUUCGAUGGUCAAUUUUUUUUUAUUAUUU